GCUGAGUUUUGUUCGGCUGUUAGGACGACGUCCUGUAGGUGCAAAAAAUAUCAUCUAAAGUUGUUCAAAGUUGAUUUUUCUUAUCCUUCGUUGACUUUUGGAAGUUUGUAAAAUGUCCGGGUGUCAUUAUUUUUCAGACCUCCAGCAGCUGAUAGUAAUAAAAGAAGAAGUUCUCCCUGAGCAGCAGGAGAGGAGCUCUAGUCUGAAGCAGGAGGAGUCUCUGGAACCAGCACACAUUAAAGAGGAGCAAGAGGAACUGGGAAUCAGUCAGGAGAGAGAGCAGCUUCAAGGAGCAGAGGAGGAUGAUAUCAUUAUGUUCACCUUCAAUCCUGUGUCUGUGAAAAGUGAAGAGGAAGAUGGAGAGAAACCUCAGUCCUCACAACUUGUAAACCAAAGUGAAGGGAACAGAGACUUGAAGCAUUUGAAAACAGAAUCAGAUGGAGAGGACUGUGGAAGAUCAGGAGUGGACAGAGACUUUAAUACAGAUGGUCAUUUACAGCCAUUUAGUCCUGAUAAGACUUCAGACCUUUCUGGGUUGGAGACUGAUGACAGCGCUGACUGGGAGGAGAGUGAUGAACCUCAGGAUGGUUUAAGCUGUCUGCAAAACAAAAAUGUAGCUGUAGGUGAUAUGAAACAUGACACUGGGAAUACAUCAGUUAGUUCUUCUGAACAUGCUCCAAGUACUGGAGAGAAUAAAAAAGUGCAGGAAGACAAAGAAUCCCAUACAAGAGAGAACGAAUUACGUUGUUCAGUUUGCUGUAAAAUAUUAUCAACAAAAGGAUCACUCAAAAGGCACUCUUUGGUCCACACAGGAAUUAAACCAUUUAGUUGCUCUUUUUGUGAAAGGCCUUUUCUCAUGAGACAAGCACUUGAGAAGCACAUGAGAGUCCACACAGGGGAGAAACCAUUUAGUUGCUCAGUUUGUCACAAAAGUUUUUUCCGUCCAGAAAGUCUGAAGAAUCACUUGAAUGUCCACACAGGGGUGAAACCAUUUAGCUGCUCAGUUUGUGAUAAAACUUUUUUGACUCGAUCAGGUCUGAAGAUUCACAUCGCUGUUCAUACAGGAGAGAAACCAUUUAGUUGCUCAGUUUGUGAUAAAAGAUUUUUCCAGCAAGGGGAUCUGAAGAGCCACAUGACUGUCCAUACAGGAGAGAGACCAUUUAGUUGUUCAGUUUGUAACAAAAGUUUUCGAAUUAAAAGAGGGUUGGUGUUGCACAUGGCAGUCCACACAGACAAUAAGCCAUUUAGCUGUUCAGUUUGUAAUAAGAAUUUUCGAUUUAAACAGAUGUUGGUGCAACACAUGAGAGUCCACACAGGGGAAAAACCUUUCAGUUGUUCGGUUUGUGGUAAAAGAUUUUCCCAACAAGGACGUAUGAAGGAACACUUGAUUCUUCAUGAUGGGGAGAAACAAUUUAGCUGUUCAGUUUGUCACAGAAAAUUUUCUUACCAGAAAAGUCUGAUGGAACACUUCAAAGUCCACACAAGUGAAAACCCAUUUACCUGUUCAGUUUGUGGUAAAACAUUUUGUUACCAGAAAAGUCUGAUGGCACACUUCAAAUCCCACACCGAUGAAAAACCAUUUAGCUGUUAAGUUUGCGGUAAAAAAAUGUACUCAUCAAAAAUGUGAUGAGAUGCAUGACUGUCUACAAGGGCAACAACACUUUAGUUGUUGAGACUGAAUUAAUAAAUAUAUUUUUAAAUCACCUCCCAAGGAAAUCUGAAGAAACGUGACUGCUUACACAGGGGAGAAACCUUGUAUUUGUUGAGUUUGUGGUUUAAAAAAAAAAAAAACUAAAUAAAGUUGCUGGAAAGAAAGCACACUUUCAUGCACAGAGUGAGGAAACGAUUUGUUGUGGCAUUUGUGGUAAAAGACUCACAAGGCUAGAGAUUUUCAAAAAUCUCAAGUGUGUUGGUGAGUGCAGUGUAAGUUCAAAAUUAGUUCUUCAUCUCAUCUGUCCAGUUAAGAGAAAGCUGUUGUUGUUUCCACCUU